UCCCAUUCGCUUCCUUCUAGUCCCUUCGCUCCGUGCGUUGCGUCCCGACGACGGUUCCAUGGAGGCUCCGCCGCGCCCUACUUCGCCUUCCUCUUCACUCCGCUACUGCUACUGCCGUUGUUUCCGCCGUUGCUGCCGCUGCUUCUGCUGCUUCUACGCUCCCACCGGGGACUGGUGAUCCCGAUCCGCCCCAGCCAAAGGUCAGACCCUUUUUCAUUUCUUGAAGCUUUCGAUGGACCUAGUUCGUUCUCUGAUUCGCAUGAUGGAUUAGCUUUUCGGGCGUCGGGAUCCCUUCCUCCCUGUAAAAAUUUGUAAGAUCUGUAACUCACAGUUCGUAUGCCGAUCUUUUCCCCUGAUUUUCCAUGUGAAAGAGUUCGAUUCUUUUCAUGCAAAACCCCUGAUUUCCCCUGAUCUGUAACUCACAGUUCGAUUCCGUCGCUUAUUUUUUGAUAAGGUUGCGUUUGGUAGCUUGAUCGGGUGGAAUAAAGUGGAUUGGGAAACGAUUCUCCACAACAUUAUCUUAAUCUAAACAUUUAGAUGGAGAAUUGGAAAUAUUUUUUUCCCCCAGAACUCACUGAGUCUGUUUGUAUUAGUUCCAUGCUUAUUUCACCUCUAUCAAAUACUAAUUAGUUUAUUUAAACAUACUAUCUGAUCUCUUUCGGAAGCAUAGUAGAUGUGCACAUAGCCAACGAGAACAUUAACGUGAGAACCGGGGAAGGGUCUCUGGCACAGACACUCCGACAUUCAAGUCAAAGCAGUAGCCGAGCGAAAAUGGAGAAGAUGAUAAACAGUAGUGUGGAUGCAUGUGCGCACAUACGCGUAUAUGGCCAACGGAUAGAACUUUUUUUUAUACGGUCUCUUAUAAUCUCAGCAAUAAUGAGAUGUCAAAAAAUGUCAGAUAUCAGAAUAUGUCGGAUAGUGGAGGAUGUAUGACAGCCUUCUUUUAGGAGUUCAAAUCCUCUGUCCUCGUGUCCCCUUGCCGAUCAAACGGAUCAGAUUAUAUCUCAAGGAUGCUUUGCACAUCACGAUGAUACUGCACACAUCUUAAGGAUGUCAUGAUGCCUUGAGAUGUAAUCUAGUCCGUCCGAUCGGCAGGGGACACGGGGACAGAGAAAUUUGGGGACAGGAGAUUUGAACUGUUCUUUUAGGCAGAGGAAUGCUCCAUUGUGUGUAUAUGUCAGUAAUGGAAUAUUCUCUUAUUGCGAUUAUUUAACAAUGUUGUCUCUUAGAUGGAGUCUGAUCGACCUAGAGCCGAUUGAGUUUAAGCUGAGGAUCAUGCCCGUCUAUAGAGUGGGGAGCUGAGCCUCGUAAGUCUGAUCGGAUUUGUGGAGACACGGGUUUAUGCUAGAAGUCUUGUUCACAAGGAGUGAGAAGCCGAGUCCCGUAGGCUCGACUGGCUCUGUUAUGGCCACUCGGGUUUAGGCUCAGAGACCUACUCAUAAGGAGUGAGGAACUGAGUCUCGUAGAUCCGGUCGACUUUGCGACUGGUUAGGUUUAUACUAGAAGCCCUAUUCAUGAGGAGUGAGGAGCUGGGUCCCGUAGAUCCAGCCGACUAUGUGGUCACGUGGGUUUAUAUUGAGGCCCUGUUUAUGAAGAGUGAGAAGUCGAGUCCCGUAGGUUUGACCUACGCUAUGAUCGCUCGGAUUUAUACUGGGAGCCAUAUUCAUAAGAAGUGAUGAACUAGGUCUCAUAGAUCCAGCCAGCUUUGUGUCCUGCCGGAUUUAUAUUGGAAGUUAUGCCUAUAAGGGAUAGGGAGGUAAGUCCUAUAGAUUCAGUUAGCUCUAGGGCCGCCUGAAUUUAUACUGAGAGUCUUGUCCAUAAAAAGUAAGAACUUGAGUCCCGUUGAAAGUGAUCCGUUUAGAUACAUACAUCUUGAUUGUUACCAUCAUCUUGACUAUCAAUCCCACUUUAUGUUUAGGGUCACACACAACACUACUUAUACUUAUCAUUAUCUAAACUCUCGAUUGCUCAAAAUUCUACGCGUGUUGUGUACGGAGACACACCCAUGGAGUCAGGCAGCAUAUCGGGGCUCUACCAGCAGUAUCACACAAUCUCAUAAGUGGUAGAAAAUUCUAUAAUAGAAGUCAACAAAAAACCUUGAUGGAGGUGUCCACAGUCAAACUUCAUCGACAAUGAUAUGCUCCAUCAGCAUCGACCCUAAUUAAUGAUAAUACACUUUCUUCUCCCAACUAAUUCACAAAACAACGAUAAUGCCUAAUCCACUAUAAACAAUCAUUAAAUACAUAUCUUCCACAACCAUUACAAUAUGAUUAACUAAUAUUCAAGCACAAUAUUAAAUAUCUAUGGAAUUCAAUCAAAAUUUUGUAUGUAAUCAUGCCUAAUGAUUGUGUAUUUGUAAAUAUGAAAAAUAGCCAUAUAUUUAUUCAACACGAAUAAACAUUCAUUGUGGUUUUAAAAUAGAUAUUUUUCCAAGUAGAAUUCAAAAUAUGAGUACCUUAUCUGUCUUUAACCCAACUUACAAUACAAACAAAUUGAAAAUCAGGACUCCAAAAUCUAUCCACAAUUUUGAGUCAAAAUGCUACUCAAAGAUCAACCUUGUCCCCCUUUUUCUCAUUGAAAAUUCCCCUUGAAAAUGGUAAUUUAUUUAUUUGCUAUCCACAUAAUUAAUAAAUAUUUAUUUAUUUGCAAAAUAAAAAUGAGUGCAUGGUUUCAUUCGUCUAUAUAUUUAUGUACUCUUCUCCCCAUCCUUGAGCCACUCGUUCUUGCUCUUCUUCUUUGUCUUUCUCCAUUCAUAAAAUGGCAAUAUCAUCAAAUCUCCCAAAGCUAUGUUUAAAUUUAUUUGCUAUAUUUUUCUUUAUUUCCUUACAAAAAGUUGGUUGCUCCCAUCUAGGGCAUGAAACACUCGUGAAUCUUUCUCCUUCCUCGAUCGACAGUACUCUCUUACCUCGCUACCACUUUCGUCCCUUGAGAAAUUGGAUCAAUGAUCCAAAUGGGCCAUUCUACUACAAGGGUAUCUACCACCUUUUCUACCAGUACAACCCUUAUGGUUCCGUGUGGGGUAACAUCGUGUGGGGCCACUCGGUGUCAACAGACCUAAUCAACUGGCACGCGGUCGACCCAGCGAUCUACCCGUCGAAGCCCUUCGACAUCUACGGAUGCUGGUCCGGCUCCGCCACCGUCCUCCCCGGCAGCAAGCCGGUGAUCCUUUACACCGGGAUCGUCGACGACUUCAAAACCCAGGUCCAAAAUAUCGCCUUCCCGGCCAAUUUAUCCGACCCCCUUCUCCGCGAGUGGGUCAAGCCCGACUACAACCCCGUGAUCUCCUCCGAUCCGUCGAUCAACGCCACUCAGUUCCGCGAUCCGACCACAGCGUGGCUCCACCCGGACAACAAGCACUGGAACGUCGCGAUCGGGAGCGCGAGGAAAGAGGGGCAGAGAGGGGUGGCGAUCUUGUACCGGAGUAGGAAUUUCAAGAACUGGACGAAGGCGAAGCAUCCGCUGCACUCGAUCAAGGGGACGGGCAUGUGGGAGUGCCCGGACUUCUUCCCGGUGGCGGUCGGCGGGAGGGAAGGAAGGGACACGUCGGCGACCGGCCGCGGAGUGAAGCACGUGCUGAAGGUGAGCCUCGACCGGAUGAGGUUCGAGCACUACACUCUGGGAACUUACUACCCUGCUCUGGAUCGGUACCUGCCAGACCAGGCGUCGGUGGACGGCAGCGAAGGGCUGAGGUACGAUUACGGCAACUUCUACGCCUCGAAGACCUUCUUCGAUCCGGCGAAGAAGAGGAGGGUUUUGUGCGGCUGGGCCAACGAGUCGGAUGUAACUCACGACGACGCGAGCAAUGACAUCAUCAAAGGCUGGGCUGGAGUUCAUUUGAUUCCAAGAGAACUUUGGCUGGACGAGAACGGCCGGCAGCUGUUGCAGUGGCCGGUGGAGGAGUUCGGUCGGCUGAGAAGCCAGCACGUUUCUUUGGCGAAUCAGGCCGUGAAUCCCGGUGGCUUCUUCCGAGUAAACAACAUCGACGCGGUUCAGGCGGAUGUGGAGGUUACAUUCGAGAUCAGCAGUUUGGAAAAAGCAGAGGAUUUCGACCCUUCGUACGUCGGAGAUGCCCAAGCUUACUGCGCCAGGCACGCCGCCGAUGUGAAGGGAGGAGUCGGCCCGUUCGGGCUUUACGUUCUCGCCGAUUCCGCUCUCGAAGAAAGAACUGCAGUGUUCUUCAAGAUCUUCAAGCACAAGAGGAAGCACGUUGUUCUCUUCUGCCAUGAUCCCACCCGGUCAACUAAAAGGGAGAAAAACAUAUAUAAGCCGACUUUUGCUGGCUUUGUCGACGUUGACAUCGAUUCGUCUAAGACGAUCUCUCUUAGAAGCUUGAUCGAUCACUCGGUGGUGGAGAGCUUUGGCGCAGGAGGAAAAACAUGCAUCACGUCCAGAGUUUAUCCCAGCUUGGCGAUCGGAAGAGAUGCCCAUCUGUUCGUGUUCAACAAUGGAGCAGUGGAUAUUAAGGUUUCGGAGCUGAAUGCAUGGGAGAUUAGGACGCCUUUCAUGAAUAAAGAAAUUUGAUAUAAAUAAAUCUUGUAUUAUUAUUAUUAUUAUUAUUAUUAUUAUUAUUAUUAUUAUUAUUAUUAUUACAGAUAUACUUUUGGAUAUAGCUGUAUUGUUAUAUAAUGAUAAAAAGUUUUUAAUUUUUUUUA